AUCAAAAGCAAAGAACAUCAAUAUUCCUGUGUUCAAAUUUGCAAAAAACAAACAAACAAACCGGAGUGAAGUAAAAUCAGCUCAAAAGUACCAGCAGUCAUGUGACUUCUAGGAGUUUUAAUACCAAACUCCUCAGUGAUUUUCGUUCAUUACACGUAUACCACUGCUCUAUCCACCCACACCUCUGGGGCCACACGCAGUGGCUCUUUGUGGCUUUGACUUAAAAUAACAGAAAUUAAAUCAGUUUUUAUACCCUCGAUAAAAACAUAGUUGGCUCCCCUGUGCAGUUUUGUACAAAUAUGUGAUUCACAAGUUUGGCUUUAGUAGUUUAUUACCUUAUGGGCACCUUAAUUCAUUGCCAAGCCAGCUAGUGUCAUCUUUUUCUUAAAUCUACCCCAACUUAAACAUUUUAAGACCUGUUUAAAUGGCAUACUUGAAAGAAAAAGUGAUUAAUUACCCAUUUGACAGAUUUUACUCUUGCUCUCUCGCGUGUUUCCUAAACAGCUUUUCCUCAGUGGGUCAAGGAGCUGAUGUUUAACUCCAGCUGUAUUUGGGCGAGGGGUAGGGGACACCCAGGUCAGGUCUCCAGUCCAUCCCAGGGAGUCACACUUGGGAAGACAUCACCCUGGGAAAAAUAUUGCCCCAGGGUCAGCCCUGGUUAUGAUAUUAUUACUUCUCUAUUCCUAUUAUCUGACAUUUCACCUAUUGACAAGCUGCGUGACCACUGGCAACAAUAUAGUUGCCAGUCAUAAAAAUGCUAUUUUCUUCCAAAAAAAUUGCAUAAUUGAAAAAAACAUAACACAAUUAAGAGGGACUCAACUGAUAAAAUGACAUGCAUUACGGCUCUGCAAAAAGUUUGGGCACAAAUGGGUUAAUCCUGCUGACAGACUAAAAUGAGACAUUAAAAUAAUACAAUCUGCUAAACCUUUGCAAGUUAUUCUGAAGACCAAACAAAGGCUUUUCUUUGCAAAAAUCCUUCAUAAAUGUUCAAGUAAAUACUAGUCUUUUUUUUUCCUAAAAGUAAUAAAGUAAGCAUCAAUUAGCUCCUUUUAAUGUCACUCAAAUAACCAAUCUGUACUUUUUGUUUCACAGUGAGAUACUGAAUACAUUUAUGCAAAUACUAAAAUGUCUCACUUAGAACUUGUUAAAGCUCUAAAUUUUAUCUAAGGGGCAUACAUGAAAAGAAAGUUGUACAGCUCUCAAUAAUUCUUAUUUAGAGGAAAUUAAUGACAGAACUUAAGAUUGGUAGACUUAAAUAAAUUUUUAGAUGGAAUGCUAUUCUAGUUUGCAUACGCAACAUGACCCACCAACUAUAAGGAAUAUUUAAUGUUGACAACAUCACAGAAAAAGAUGGUGUUAAAAUGUGAAGGUGACGUUGGGUAAAAGCGUUAGCUAGUUCUAGCUUCCUCAAAUCUGUGUGGAGUACAGAAAUCAAAAGCAUGAUGGUGCAAAACAAUGUUGGCAUGACCCGUCAAAUAAAUUAACUCCCAAAAACAUCUUAACAAUCAGCCUGGGGCCUCAUUUAUCAAGCUUGCUUAUGCACAAAACGGGGUCGGAAAACUGCGUAAGCAACUUUCCACGCAAACUUUGGGAUUUAUGAAAGAAAACUUAGCAGAAAAAUGUGCGCAACUUUAAGUUGACUAAGGACCUGGCUUACACACAUUUUGGACAUGGAGAGCACCUGCAGUGCUGCUGCUGAGAAGGAUAAAAUAAUGAAUUCCAGCAGCAUUAUCACUUGUACUGCUUUGUUUUCACACAGAACAAGACCCCCCACACGCACACACAGCCUGAAGCACAGAAUACGGAAUGCUGAAUAUCAGCAGGGGGGCAAAUAGAGACAGAAUGUCAUGCGUCUGUGAAAGUGUGAGCGUCCCGUCACUGUGACCCGACUGGUCAUGUGCCCUGGCUACUUGAUCAAAGAGAGAUGCCCAUUUGGCUGACUGGUUAGUGCGUGUAACUUUCACCUGGGAGUCUGGGGGUUGAAUCCUGAUCAGAUCAUUUUUAAUAUCCACCACAGAUCUCUCUGAAGAAUUCAGCAUUGACGGCUUCAGCAAUGCUGUGCCACUCCGGAUUUUCUCUGAUUUGUUUUGCAAAAGCACUUCCUUUCAUUUCUCCACCUCACCCACAAGUACCUUAGUUUCUGCUUGUGAAAUAGUGCUUCCUUGAUCUGCGGUCGGGAUCGAAAUGCUGCAACAAGCCGGCUUAUGUAUAUGCAUGAGAUCCACAAGGCACUUUGCAUUGACUAUUUAUGGCAGUAAGUGAUAAGGGAUGUGACUAAAAAGCAGCUGAGAACCUUUCUAGAUAGUCUCUGAUUUAUGAAGCGGAAAUUGCGUGCAGCUGUACGUACUCCAUGUUUGAUAGAUCACAAACCUAUUUGGCGUAAGUACAUUUUUUUUGCUGAGCUUAAGUACGGUUUUAGUAAGGAUUCUAUGCAAUGUUUGAUCAAUGAGACCCCAGGACUCUUUCGGCUGAUCUGGGUUCUUCUGAUAAGCUGAGUAGAGCUCCAACUCUCAGAUGAAUGGAGAGACCAGUGGACCAAACCUCUAGUGAAAGGCUGCACAUCACUAUAAUUUAUAAAUCUCAUAAAAAACAACAUGCUUGUGAUACAUUAGUGGCUUGCUAUUUAAAGAGGAACUAGGCAGUUUUGGCUUGCUUUUACCACCUCCUAGUACCUGCAGAACUGAACCCAAAACCUAUCCUCACUGUGCAUUCGCCCCUUUAGCAUCUUAAUCUAAGAGCAGAAAUGUCUCCCCAGCCUUCUUUAGUGUCUACAGGAGUGAUUCAGCACUAAAUUAAACAAAUCGGCUGUGUUCAUAAAACAUGCAGGAAAUGUGCUGGAAGCAGACUGCAGCGCCAGGUAUGUCAGCUCCAUCUUCUCUUAAGUCAGUCUGAUGCUGAAGUGGAAUAUUCUGGCCACAGGGGGCGAUAGGGGCUGGGUGGCAUUUCAUCAACCCAAAGGGUCAUUUUAGCACAAGGCUCGAGAAAAUGUUGCAGUGUCCCUUUAACAUAAAAUUAUUUAAAUCAGACUAUAAAAGUUCAUAUAUUUUUUUCACCAUUUGCUGACAUUUAGUUUUGCAAUCCAUUAGGUGGUUCAGCUGUAAUAAAAGCAGUCACUAGUAACAUUCUCCUUUAAUCUGAUGCUGUGUGCAGGUCUCUUGCAUGGCUCAUAGUUAAGCCAUCACCGAGCCGUCAGCCUGCCCUGCUUCCAGAGUGAGCUUUUGUUGUCCAGGAGUGAUGUGGAAGCUUUCUUAUCCACAAGUCUGGCCUCUCACUUCCUCCUGCAGGGACUGCCCUACCAAUCGUAGGGGUAGGCGAGGGAUUAGCUCCACAGAUUAAAGUGGCCAUCUCCAAACCCUGCUUAAUCCUGCCAUCUGUCAGAGAGCAGAAAACCAGCCAAGACUCUCUUCACUGGGCUAAUUAGAAAAGCCAGAGUUGCACUCUGAAAAAAGGGGAAAGGAUCUAAACACACAAACUUCUCUGUUGGAUACUAGAACUUCACAAAGGCAAUGGAGGAGAUGUUCCUUCUCAACUAUCCUGGAGUCAAGAAGAAAAUCCUGGCUGGAGGCACAGGACCACUGCCUCAUUUUCCACCUGGGACUAAGCUGGUUUUCCAUUUCCAAACACUCCUGGACAGCUUUGAGAGGACGGUAAUCGAUGACAGUCGACUGGCCGGCAGACCAGCUGAGAUUUUUGUCGGAAAGAUGUUCAAGAUGGAAGUGUGGGAGCCAAUGCUGAUGUCCAUGAGGGUUGGAGAAGUGGCUGAAUUUUGGUGCGAUGCCACUCACACAGGCCUGUAUCCCAUCGUGUCAAAGGGAAUGAGACUGAUCGCUCAGGGAAAAGACCCCCUGGAGGGUCAGAGACACAUGUGUGGCAUGGGAAACCUGUUCCACUAUCACUCCACUGGUUUCCCUGAGCUGGACGAGCUCAUGAGAAAUCCUCAGCCUCUAAUAUUCAUCAUGGAGCUGUUGCAGGUAGGAGACCCCUUGUCCUACCACAGAGAGUCGUGGAUGAUGGACAAAGAUGAGAAGCUGCAGACGGUGCCGACCCUCCACAUGCAGGGCAACGCUCUGGUCAAGCAGAAACGAUUCCGCGAAGCCGCCAGCAAAUACAAAGAAGCAGUCCUGCUGCUGAAAACCGUCCAGUCCAGAGAGAUGCCAGGUGAUGUAGACUACAUUAACUUGGGUCGGAUGAUUGUUCCCCUGGAGCUGAACUACUGCCAGUGCAUGUUAGAGUUGGAGGAGUACUAUCACGUUAUAGAGCACACCACUGAGCUGCUGGAGAAACACAAAGACUGUUUGAAGGGCUACUACAAGAGGGCCAAGGCUCACGCUGCUGUAUGGAAUGAAAAAGAGGCUCGGAGAGACUUCAACAUGGUGGCCCAGCUGGACAUCUCCCUGUCCUCACUGGUUCGCCGAGAGCUGAAGGACCUGUCGGAGCGCAUGAAAGAGAAAUACUGGGAGGAGAAGGAGCAGUACUGGAACAAGCUGGAGACAGUGGAGAGUAAGAGCACAGAAGAGGAGGAAAAGGACUUCGGUGAGGAAGAGGAGAAAGGAGGAGACGAGAAAGGCAAGCGAGAAGACCUUGAAGCUGCGAUUCAAGUGGCAGAAGAGUCAAGUCCUCUGAAAAGUUCUGCAGCUGGUGAGGAAGAGAAUGAGGCAGCACCAUCUGAGGGAGAGGAGGAGGAAGCAAGCUGCUCCGCCAUCGAACCAGGUGCUAGUGACAAAACCGACGAGAAGGACUGGCAGCAGAUGUUACGGCUGGUCAUGCUGCAGCAGAAUGAAGGGAACUUUCUCAUUAAAGAGAAAGACUUCCAAGAAGCUUCUGCAAAGUUCAAGGAGGCUAUAGAAUAUGUGGACAUACUACAGAGUAAGCAGGUGGACCAAAAGGGUGAGGACUGGGAGUCUCUGGAGAAAGUGCGUCUUCCCCUUACUCUCAACCUCAGCCAGUGCAUGCUGGAGCUGCAACAAUACCAGCAAGUGGUGGAGCUAAACAGCAGGCUGCUGAAGACGCACAGAGGUAACUUUAAGGCUGUGUACCAGAGGGCGCGCGCACACGCCGCGCUGUGCAACGAGGAUGAAGCUCGGAGAGAUUUUGGGCUGCUGGAGAAAUUGGACCCAAAGUUCAAGCCCUUUGUUGUCCAGGAGCUGAAAAAGCUGGGUCAAAACAUGCGCACCAUGCAUGCCCGCCAGAACAAGACUUACUGGGACACAUCGAGGGAGAAGUGGGGGUCCGGUGGAAGCAAGACCAAGAGUGCAGCAGGACAGAAGAAUAUUAGAUUUGCCCCAAAAGAAAACACAGAUGUGGAUGAAAAGACUGCCAGCAGUAAAGCUGAAGAGAAGGAAAGCCCAGACGAACACUGCCCUGUUCAGACAGAAGCAGUAGAUGCAAAAAGUCCAAAUUCAAAAGCAGAGCAGAGCAAUAAAGAGCCAGAGCGUGCGACGGUGAGGGAAGAUGAUGAAAACACAGAACGGGUCGUGACUCCUGCAGCUGAGCCAGGUGUACCUGAUAACCACAAAGCACAUAAAGAUAGUGAAUCUGCAGCCACCGGCUCUGAUAAUGUAGUGAGAAAGAGAUCAGCACAAGAUAAGGGCAAGAAGAAGGUCAAGAGCCAAACAAGUGGUGCUCCACAUCCAAGCAGAGCAAAAUCUGGGAUCAAAGGCGGAAGAUCUAAGAAAGGAAAAGGAGGCUCCGUCAAACACGACCGGUGUGUUGACGCGACGCCGAGUCAAAAGUCAGAAAUGUAGGUGAAGACAGACACAAACAGAUCUAUAAGUGGGAACAAAAUAACAGGAAAUAUUGAUUCCAUCAGACAAACAUAAACAAAACCAAACUAUAAGCUUGUAUUUGGCCUCAUUCUGAGUCUUUAUGAUUCAGCUCUCAAAGGAUUUAUCGCAUAGACACAAAAACGACAAAAAAAAAAAAAAAAAAAACAGAGAGAAACGAAAAGUUUGCCAAAUACAAAGUUUUAUUUCUGUACACAAAGAGUAGAAAGCAGCCAGUAACCCACUUGUUAUUACAGUAAAAGCAGUUCCUCAGAAAACUUCUUGUAUAGAUUAAAAACUCCAGAGAACAGAUGGUGAAGGUGUGGGAGUUCUGGGCUAUAACAGAAAAUCAAAACCAUUAAACAAUACGCAUUUAGGUGAUUAAUGAGGUAUAUUAAUGUUGAGUUUAAAGACAAAAAAAGAGAGAAACCUUAGUUCACCUGCAAGGAGUGAGUGUGUGUAUAAACGUGUGUGUGUAGAAAACACCUUGUUUGACGUUAGGCAAUUUAAUACGCUGCGUGUGUCCAUGCGUGUGUCUGUGUGUGUGUC